UUCCCAACCGUCUUCCUGGACCGCUCAGCGACGCUGUCUGCUACCGAUCGUUGUUAAGUGUGGGCUGACACGAAGCGAGCAAUAUUUGAUUAGCAGCUCCAACGACUAACCGUGUUUGACAAGCGGACGCCGCAUUGCAUAAUAUCCAAUGUUUCCCUGUGCCCGACGAGAGCUGAUAUUCGACUGGGGUGUAUAUUUUUGAUAGCCAUGACAAUGCGCUGCAGGAAACAUUGUGUUUUAACAGUUCUAAUCCCGCUUUUCAUUUGCCUAUUGAUUGGACAAACUAUUCUGUCAGUGACCCGUCAAAUUCGAUACAGCCGAUACAUGGCACUAGACAUAGACUUUUCCUACUUAAUGGAAUUGCGGGAACGGAUAAAUCCAGUGCCAUUUGAAACGUUUGAAUUUGAGGAAUUGCUACACGAUUACAAGAAGAAAAUAAAAGAUCUACAGCAAGCGGGGCUAUGGAGAACAAAUCCAGAAUUAAAUUCCUGUGAUACCGAACCAGUGUCUGGAAACCCAUGUGUGGAUACUCACUGUAGUCCCAGACAGCCGGAGGAAGCGCCCCAGAGAUUGGGACGUCUAUUGCAAACAACGAACAAUCUGAAUGUUACAUUAUUCAGCCUUUUGUUUGGACUUUUUGGCGUCCAGAAAUCAGGCAAGCGUUUAGUGAUCCUAACCGCUGCAUCCUCGGACCAUUUUUAUGAAUCGCAGGGAUUAAUCCAAAGUGUUCAUCAGAACGUGGUUCCAGAAAUGGACAACUUCACCCUGAUCUACUAUGACAUUGGGCUGGAAGACUGGCAGAGGGAGCAGUUGCGGAAGCAUUGCAGGUGCCAGAUCCGUAGAUUCCCCUGGAACCAGAUGCCAGUCAGGCUGCAGAACCUUCGGUGUUACACUUGGAAGGCAUUCAUUAUACAGGCACAUAUCCGGUCAGCUGACGUCAUCAUCUGGGCUGACGCUGCAGUCCGCUUCCUCAAAUCAAGUAUCGGACCACUUCUCCAAGAGGUCGAGACCAAAGGCAUUAUAAUAGAGGACGGAACACCACGUUACUCAGUAGCCGACCACGCGAAGAGGACCAUGUUUGAUUACUUUGGCGAAAAGACGUGUCACUAUGCCCAAAUAAUAGAGAAACAACCAGGAUUCCUUGUCCUAAAAGAUGAACGUUUCGUCAGGGAGGUUGUUCUGAAACCGUGGGUUGCUUGUGCCAUGAGCCCCCGGUGCAUGUGUCCUGCUCACCCCGAAACAUUGAUAGUAUGUCACACGUACAUGCGAGAGUACAACAAAUGUCACAGAUUUGAUCAAGCAGCCAUGAAUAUGAUUUUGGCCAAAUUGUUUUGGGGCAAUGAUAUGAGUUUUGUCCCGACUCGAAAGUAUAUUGACCUUCGAAAAGAAGACAAAGUGUAUUAUUUUAAUGAACUAGAAUCUUGAUGUAUUUUCAACAUUAGGCAGAAUAUACUAGUAUUAUUUAGAGAGUUUAUGUGAUAAUAAGUUAUUUCCAUAAUACGAACCCUAUUUAUUCCGGACAGUAACGGGGUAAUGUCAAUUGUACAUGUCCAAGUAAUGUCAAUUGUACAUGUGUAAGUACUGUCCCUUGUAGAUGUGUAAGUAAUGUCAAUUGUACAUGUGUAUGUAAUGUCAAUUGUACAUGUGUAUGUAAUGUCCCUCGUGCA